UGAUAAAGGAGCUAUAAAGGAAACUUAAAAUGACUGGAUUCUGGAUAUCAAUUUUGUUCUUCAGCACCAUGUAUACAGUCCAGUCUGGUAGACGCUGGGUUACUGCACAAUCCCAAAUGAAUCCAGAUGUUUAUCAGAUUGAAGAAAAGCUCAAUGUGAAUAUCGGCAACUCGGCUACUCUGCAGUGUUGUGUUUUAGGAAUAGAGAACGGAGAAGUUAUGUGGUUUAAGCAACAGUAUGGAAAACAGCCUCAGGUUAUAGUCAGAUUCUUUAAAACUAACAGAGAAAAGUUUUAUAACGAAUUCCAGAAUUCUCGUUUCCAAAUAAAAAUAUUUGGAAACUGCUUCAAUUUGACCAUUUCUAACACCACGCUGUCUGAUGAAGCCACAUAUUACUGCGCUCUCGUGUCUACAGAUGGAACGCUUUUAAAAAUUAAAGGUGAGCGUGUCAACACUGAAACACCUAAACCAGCUCUGAGCGAUAAUUCAGUGGUGUGUGAUCCAACACUGCAUGGGAACGAUGUUAACAUGAACUCACAAGAGAAAACAGUGAUCGGUUUGGGAACGGCUUUGGGUUUUUGCUCAGUUCUGAUUUUCUGUCUCACUUAUUUCGUACUGAGGAGAAGACCACAUGAAAAAAUAAACUCUUUCUCAGUAAAUGUUUCUCCAGAAAUGAGGAAGAAAUCUCACUUUGACAUCACUUUUGCAGCCUUGAAGGGAAGUGAAGUUUGCUUGUCAGACAAGUUGGUGUACUCUGAAGUGAUUUAUAAGAAAUUGUAAAAUAUUACAUAAUUUCUUCUUCUUCUUCUUCUUCUUCUUCUUCUUCUUCUUCUUCUUCUUCUUCUUCUUCUUCUUCUUAAUAUUAUUAUUAUUAGUAGUAGUAGUAUUGCUGUUGUUGUUAUUCUCAAUCUUCUUAUUUUUCUUAUUAUUAUUGGUGCUGUUGGUGGCGGUGGAAUUAUUGCAUUUUUGCACAAUUUCUUUUUUUUAUUUUGCAGUUCAAUAAAUGUGAAAAAAAAACAACUCACUAAUUGAAAUGAUAGAUAGAUAGAUAGAUAGAUAGAUAGAUAGAUAGAUAGAUAGAUAGAUAGAUAGAUAGAUAGAUAGAUAGAUAGAUAGAUAGAUAGAUAGGUAAGUAGAUAGAUAGAUAGAUAGAUAGAUAGAUAGAUAGAUAGAUAGAUAGAUAGAUAGACAGGUAAGUAGAUAGACAGGUAAGUAGAUAGAUAGAUAGAUAGAUAGAUAGAUAGAUAGAUAGAUAGAUAGAUAGAUAGAUAGAUAGAUAGAUAGAUAGAUAGAUAGAUAGAUAGAUAGACAGGUAAGUAGAUAGACAGGUAAGUAGAUAGAUAGAUAGAUAGAUAGAUAGAUAGAUAGAUAGAUAGAUAGAUAGAUAGAUAGAUAGAUAGAUAGAUAGAUAGAUAGACAGACAGAUAGACAGACAGACAGACAGACAGACAGGUAAGUAGAUAGAUAGAUAGAUAGAUAGAUAGAUAGAUAGAUAGAUAGAUAGAUAGAUAGAUAGAUAGAUAGAUAGAUAGAUAGAUAGAUUUUUUUAAAUACACUUUUUAAAAUUUAAAUUUAGGGGUUUUUGUGGUUGUUAGAUUGUCUGUUUGAUUGUUUCCAUUCUCUCUGUUGAAAUCAGCACUCAUGGCAAAUUAUUAAUAAUGAAUAAAAAGCUGAAUGCGUUUACAUGUUUAUCUUUGAACCGAAUUCUCAGGAGGUAAUAAAAACUGUAUUUCUGAUAUCAUAAAGCAAUAUAAUACAAAACAAUACAGCACAGAACACAACACAAAGAUAGAUAGAUAGAUAGAUAGAUAGAUAGAUAGAUAGAUAGAUAG